UCUCAAGGCAAAUCUCCAUCGUGAUCAACUAAGGAUUUCCCCCGUCAACCACACGUAUCUAGGGCACCAAGCUACCCUUUUCCUCCUCCCCCCUCUUCAAGUUACUCCCACCCAUCCAUUCAAGGAGUUUCAAGUACAGGCAGCCUUUAGCUACCCUGAGUCCUUGACAACACACAACCGGUCAGGUUUCCUCGCGAUUUACACCAAGUAUCUUCAACUCUCGACCUUGUGAUCUCAGCCAUCAAGAUGUCUACUGCCGUCGAAAACCACGCCGACAACCAGGCCGCUACCACUCCCGCCGUCGCCGCCGCCACCACCACUGAGGCUACUACCAACGGCACUGCUCCUGCCGCCCCGGCGCAGUCCACCGAUGCUGCUGCGGCCAGUGCUGAUGAGGGACGUCGGCUGUACAUUGGGAAUCUCGCUUAUGCGACCACUGAGGGGGAGCUCAAGGAGUUCUUCAAGAACUACAAGGUUGAAAGUGUCUCCAUCCCUGUGAACCCUCGUACCAACCGCCCUGUUGGAUACGCCUUCGUGGAUCUUGCUACUGCCAACGAGGCUACCUCUGCUAUUGGUGAACUCUCUGGAAAGGAGAUUCUCCAGCGCAAGGUUUCUGUUCAGCUGGCCCACAAGCCUGAGCCUGCCGAGGCCAAGGCCGAGGGUGCCGUAAGUGGCGGUGAGGGUGCCAGUGGCAAUGAGGGCCGCAGGAGGACCGGAGGUCGUGGCCGUGGCCGUGGCCGCGGUCGCGGUCGUGGAGGUCGCCUCGGCCGUGGAGGCCGUGCUCAGAACCAGCCCCAAAAUGGCCAGGCUGCUGCUCCCGCCGAGCCUACCGACGUCCCCGGUCAGGCCGCUCCUCUGACUGAGACCACCAACCAGGCUGAAGCCGCUGCUACCUCUGACUCUGGUAAGCAGGCUGCUAAGCCUCGUCCCCGCCCCCAGAAGCAGCGCGGCCCCCCUGAGGAUGGAAUCCCUUCUAAGACCAAGGUUAUGGUUGCCAACCUUCCUUAUGAUCUGAGUGAGGACAAGCUCAAGGAGAUCUUCGCCGCCUACUCGCCCGUUUCCGCUAAGAUCGCCCUGCGUCCUAUUCCCCGCUUUAUGAUCAAGAAGCUCCAGGCCCGCAACGAGCGCCGCAAGGGCCGUGGCUUUGGCUUCGUCACUCUCGGCUCCGAGGAGCUCCAGGAGAAGGCUGUGAAGGAGAUGAAUGGCAAGGAGAUCGAGGGCCGUGAGAUUGCCGUCAAGGUCGCCAUCGACAGCCCCGGCAAGGAAGACGAUGUUGUUGCCACUCCCGCUACCGACGCCGAGAAGACUGAGCAGGCAACCGAAGCUCCAGCGCAGGAGAACGCUGCCCCGGCUGCUGCUUAAAUGACAAGUCGUUCUCAACCAGAACGAAUCAAAGAUCUCGACAUGCCCACUGUUAAGUCGGGAUUUGUUGGAGGAAGAGAAAGGACCUUCGUGCGGAUGAUAACUUCAUACUCUGCCGUCGAGGAGCGUUUUCACAAAAGUCAAAAAAAGGUAAAAAAGACAACGAGGCCAACUACAAAACGCAAAAGUUAUCAAAAUAUUAUUCCCGUUCGAAUCGGUCACAGGGGACGAAUUUACCAUGAGGAUGAGGCAUUGAUUAUUUCCUAUGUUUUUUGCGCACGAACUGCCGCGAGGCAAUCGUGUGACUGGAGCGACGAGAGACACCGUAAUGUGUGGUUUUCACGGAGACGUGACCUUUUGCUAACGACUAUUGCCCUUCUGCUAUCCUGUAUCUUAGCAACCAUUUAGUUUAUGAUUGAUUAGCCGCAAGGCUGGCCUUG